UUUGAUUCAAUUUUUUUCUGAACUUGUUAUCUAAAUGCCAAGUUAAAUUGAGUAUAAAAUGUAUAAAUAAGUACAUAUAUGUAUACCAUACUACUGACUUUGCCAUGAUGGGUUUUCCCACCCCUACUUUUCUCCUUUGAGAGCAUACGAACUCACACGCACAAGAUCCACUAGAGGUUCUACUGUGCCUCGCAACUCGCGGUCACAUAACAUUAUACGGUUAGUUCGUUUUCAGACAGCGCGUUGAGUGGAGUUUCGUUCAAUUAUUAAGUAUAUAUAUAUUUAUAUUUUCUUUCUUUGUUUUUUUUAUCAAAAAUACAAAUUCUUAUGUAUAUAAUUUUUCUUAUCAAAUAAGUUUCCACAUUUAAGGUGAAAUAUUUCCUUAUAAAUGAAAUUAUAGAAUGACGUAAUUAGCCAUCAAUAUUUACAAACACUGUCGAAACGAGAAUCCAACGACAACGAAAAAUCGAAUACAUGUAAAGAAGCCAGCUGUUCGAGGCGAACGACAAUCGAAUGAUUGCUCGAAUAAACGGAGCAGUGGCGUCGCUUGCGAACGAACGAAACAAGAACGAAUAAGUUCUGUUGUUUUGAGAAAGGAAAAUCGAACGAAAUCAUAAAAAUCGAUUAAUUAUUCAUUCAGAAAACUACAGAAGCAUCGCAUCAAGAUUUUAGAAAAGUUUAAUAUAUAUGUAUAUAUAUAUAUAUAUACUCAAUACGUUGUGUAUAUAUACAAAUUAAAACCAUAAUUUUUUUUUUUGACGAGCGGGAAAAAGUUGAAUUUUGUAUACUGAUCGAAAGUCGAUAUCGAAAAUGUUGAAUUCAUCAAGGACAGCACCAAUGGAAAGUAAUAUUCCAGUGAAAACGCAAUUAAAGUGUGAAGAACAAUGUCACACCGAUUCUGGAUUUUUAUCUAGUGGAAAUCUUCAAAUUAGUUCUGAUCUAUAUGACUAUGAAUUAAAUGUUGUAAACACACCCGUUACCCCUAUAAAAUCAGAUAGUGGCGUGGAUCUUGGCUUAAGCGAAAAAUUGAGUCAACUCAUGAGUUGCAAGGUUCAAGUUGAACCUACUGUUGAAUUAACUCCGGUAAAUAUUAAUAAAUUUGAUCAACACGAUGCUCCAACAUUAUCACGUGAAUGGCACCAAUCCACUAAAAAACAAAUCAAUAAUGAAUUUCAACAACUGUACUAUGAUGAAAAUGAUAAUGGUGAUAUACAACUUCAUAUGGCCAUAGUACAAGAUUUUGUAGAGGAUACGUUCAGCUUAAUAAGAAAUUCUACAAGACCACAUUCGUAUCUUUUAAAUAUCUUGAAUCAUAAUGGUCAAUCACCUCUGCACUUAGCUGUAUUGGCUCGACAACCAAGGAUUAUUAGGGGAUUAAUUCUGGCAGGUGCAAAUCCAGCAUUGAGAAACUUUCGUGGAAACACGGCUCUUCACCUAGCUUGCGCGACUGGUGAUCUUGCCUCCGCAAAAGCUCUUACCGAUCCUUUAACCUCUAUAGAAAGAAAUUAUCUUCUCCCUGGAAAAAAAAUACCUGCCUUACCACAAGAUCUUGAACAACCGAAUUAUGAAGGACAAAUGUGUUUACAUAUAGCCGCUUCAUCGGAUCAUGUAGAACUCGUACGACUUUUGGUGCGCCGUGGAGCGGAUCUAGACGCCAGAGAAGGAUUAGCAGGACAAACGGCUCUUCAUCUCGCUAUAGAACGUAAUUGUCGGUCAGUGAUCGCGUUCCUCCUUCAAGAAUGUAGGCCUUGUUUAGAUACACCAAAUUAUGCUGGAAAAACCGCAUAUCAGACAGCUCUGAUCUAUGAUAAUAAACUUGCAAGGGAAUUAGUAAGACUGGGUGCAACACCGGAACCACUCUCUGAAUCAGAUUCAGAUACCACUGAUGAAGACGAAAGUUCUGCUAACAAUUUAUCUUAAAAAAAAUGUAAGCGAUAUUAAUGCGUCUAUUAAUCCUUUGACUAGCGUUUUAGCUUUGUCCGUUGUACGAGUAUUUAUAUCUUUCGAUUAUUAUGGAUAUAUUGAAUAGCCUCAUUUCUGGCUACGCAUUACAAUACCAUAUGUAGGAUAGACGAAAAUAAUUCGCACUCCGAAUUCAAAUAUUAAUCAUAAUAAAUCGAAUAAGUUUUAUUUAAUUAAAAUUAAUUAGUAAUAAAAUGAAUGUAAAAUGUAUCAUAAAAACGAAAAAAAAGAACGAAAAAUUAUACGAUAAAACGAGAGACGAACGAAGAGAUAAAUGUAUCUUUUUUUAUAAGAAGCAACGUCAAUGCUUCAUUAAUACACGAAAAAUAAUAAUGAAUACGAUUAUUGUUAAACAAAUUAAAUACAAAGAAUUUACAUUUACGCUUAGGAGACUGUAAGAUCUCGUUUUGUAAAUAUAGAGGAAAAUAUAAAAUAUUUUUAUUGAGUGAUGAUAUGAGAAUGUAUCAAUGAUAUUAAUAUUUGAAAGUGUAUUAUGAUAAGAGAAAUCUGAUAAAAAGAAGUAGAAAAAGUAGUACAUAAUAAAACAUUUAUAAUUUUAUUAUUUGUUUUACAGUGUACAUAUAUAUAUUUAUAUUAAGUAAAUUAAGAAACAGAAAUAACACUUAUGAAUAGGAAUAUUUAUCAAAGAUUGUAUAAAUAAUUUACUCGCGUAUUAUUAUAUCAGAAUUACGAUAUUUUAUUGUAAACUUAUUAAUUUCAUUUUUCUCUCCCGAUUGUACAUAGUCAAGUUUUAUUAAUAUUGUAGACAUAUCGUUUUAUAGUAUCAGCAAUAAUAAUACGACAACAUUAAUGUUGUUAUAAGACGUCCAUAAUUAUUCUUUUAAUAAUAAAAGACUUUAAAAAAUUCACUAUAAAUUUUAAAACUUUUUUUAUAUUGACGUAUACGAAUAGUGAAAUUUUAUUAGAAACAUUAAUAUUUAUAAUUCGAUUUAAUUUAUCAAGAAAUAAGUGUAAAUUUACGAAAGAGUAAAGAAAAACAAAGCAUUUGUAAAAAUAUAGAGCAAGAACCGGCUGUUGGUUAUUUCGAGUU